AGUGGAAUACCAACAGAUGGGAUGUGUCAACCAAUUUAAAGUACGACAACUUAAAAAUAAAUACAUAAAUAAACAUAUUCACGACGUUUAAGCUUUCGUUUGGUGCACAUCCGCGGUACAUGGGCUAACUUUUAAUCGGGUACUUUUCUGGAAGUUGUGUUGUUGAAGUAGCACAUGGAGGGAGUUGGUUUGUUGUGGAGCUACUCUACCAUAUGCUUGCUGGUUACUGCUGUCACACAUCUGAAAUGGAAACACUCAGGAUCGUGUUGAACGGGAAAUAAAACAGGACUGUCUUUAACCAUGGCAACAGUGGACAUCCAGCAGGGGGAGGAGUCAAGUCUCUGCAGCACUGCCCCGACGGUAACCACAGGCACCGCCUCCAGUCCACAGAGCGAAGCGGUAACCAAUGAGCUGCAAGAACUGUCCCUUCAGCGCGCCUCCAACUUACUUCCUAUUCACAAGAGGAAGAAUGUGCUCCAACUCAAACUUCAGCAGAGGCGGACUCGAGAAGAGCUGGUUAACCAGGGGAUCAUGCCACCACUGAAAAGUUCUGCUUCCUUUCACGAGCAGAGACGCAGUUUAGAGCGAGCCAGGACUGAGGACUACCUGAAGAGAAAGAUCCGCAGUCGUCCAGAGAGAUCUGAGCUGGUCAGAAUGCACAUUCUAGAAGAGACGUCAGCGGAGCCCUCCCUUCAGGCCAAGCAGCUUCUGCUGAAACGAGCACGUCUGGCAGAUGAUCUGAAUGAUAAAAUCUCCCAGCGGCCCGGCCCGAUGGAGCUCAUUCACAAGAACAUUCUCCCCGUACACAGCAGUCUCAAACAAGCCAUCAUAGAGACAGAGUUUCCGAAGGUAGUUGUGGAGAGCUCUUCGUUUGAUGAGGAAAGCAGUGACAGAUUCUCUCCGGAUCAGAUACUUUGUCAGCACUCUCCUUUCAGCCCCGCCCACUUACCCUCUCCACCUGAGACACUGGCCAAUAAAAGCACACCCAAACAGGUUCCGCCCCCUCCUCCUCCUCCUCCUCCUCCUCAUACACUGCCAAACACAGCUGGCCCUGCCCCUCAGCUGAAACUAGCCAAUGGGACAACUGGCCAAAUGCAAGCAACUGCAUUGCAAAAGGGUGGUAAAGGGACUAGUGAGCGCACUGGUCAGCGUUCUAAGAAGGUGCGAGACAAUAAACCAAAGGUAAAGAAGCUGAAAUAUCACCAGUAUGUUCCUCCAGAUCAGAAAGCUGAGCGUGAGCCUCCAGCCCUGCUUGACUCCUCCUACGCCAAACUCCUCUAUCAGCAGCAACUCUUCCUCCAACUACAGAUCAUCAACCAACAACAGCAAAACUACAACUACCACACCAUCCUUCCCGCCCCACCCAAGCCUCCAGCUGAUCAACAGCCUGCUACAGCCAAUGGCCCUUCACAGUCCAGCAAUGCUCCACCCUCUCAAUCAGCAUCUACUAAUUCAACAAGCCAGAAUCACCAGACUACUGCAAAUGGAGGCGGGAUUAAUAUAGGGCCUUUACCUAUCAACCUGGAAGAAUUAAAGGUGGCAGGCCUGAAGCAGGAGUUAAAACUGCGAGGAUUAACUGUCUCAGGCACCAAAAAUUAUCUUAUUGAACGGUUGAAGAAUUUUCAGCAGCAACAUGGCGGAAACGGCAUCACCAAUGUGCCAACAUCAUGUAAAACCAACAAAGCUCAACCAACACCACAGCAGUCAGGCAUUCCUUCAGCCCCUGUUGUGGGAGGAGCCUCUUCCCCUUACCAUUCAACAGACAGCAGCAUGAAGGUUCCUACCUACCCAUUUGUUUGCAAUGUAGAAAGGGUGCGAGCUCAUACCACAGCACCACAGAUAAUGCAGUUUGGCAGCACUAGCUCCUCCCCUCCGGUUUCCCCCAACCACUCUGAAUGCUCAUUGACUGGAAUGAGUCCAGAUGAAACAAGUUGUAAUGGGGAAGCUUUUGGGGAAAUGGUGACCUCUCCUCUGACACCACUCUUCUGGCAGCCUUCACCUCCUCUCCCCAUCACAGUCAGCAUUAAAGAAGAGCCCGACAGCCAGAUGUUUCCGUCCUCCUGCUGCCUGGUGAAACAGUCUACUGCUCCCCCUAUAGACAAGGACCAAAUGCUCCAGGAGAAGGACCGGCGCAUUCAGGAGCUCACACGCAUGCUGUUGCAGAAGCAGCAGCAGGUUGAAUCACUGCGCUCGCAGCUGGAUGGCAAACAUGUAGGUGCGCCAGUCCAGGUGAAAGAGGAACCUCCUGGUGUCAACGUGGAGAUGGUCAGGGUGACCAUAAAAGAAGAGGUCCUAGAGUUGGAGGAGGAAAGUGAGAUGGUAACAAAGCCACAGGUGUUCCUGCAGGCAGUGCAGGCGCAGACACUUACAGCAAACGAGACAGAGCAAAACCGGCAGCAGCAGCUCAUAAUGCAACAGAAUCAGCAUAACCUGCAGCAACGAGCACAUCAGAGGAAGAGGAAAACAAACAAACAACAGAAACUGCAACAACAAAAAGAACUGUUGCCUCAAGCACUUACCAACCAACAGUCAAGUCCCACUUCUUCAUUCCCAGUGGACAUCCUUAAAUCUAACUCUCCCCCCACAAUAGUGACAGAUAGAAAUGGCAACCAAUUCCUGCUAACACUGCCCAAUCAAAACACAGAGACACCAGCCAUAGGACACCCCCAGGACAAAAUAACCAAUCAUAUCACUCUGCAGAGAUUACAGUCCAUACCCAACAAGUUACCCAGCCAGUCAGUCGCUGAAUUACCUAACAACAAUAGCCUAUCUGAAGAGCCUAUGCAAACUGUCAUUUUAAAACAGCCAAUUAAAAAGGUGUUAAAGCCAGAACUAAAAUUGUCAACCAAUUACAAAGCGGCAAACAGUGCAGCCAUCUCAGCACCACUCAAUCUCCAACCAUUCUUCUCUUCAGUGGAUUCCAUAAACAACAGUGAACCGGCCCGCUCUUCUCCCAAUAACAAUGAGAACAUGUGUUUGAGCUUGGACCAGCAUGCUUUACUCUCCCCUUCUACCUCCACUUUGUAUUCACCCACAAAUCUUUGUCAUCAGGAAAAUGGCUGCAAUCAACAGGCUGGUGACCUGUUUGACAUCCUAAUUCAGUGUGGAGAAAUAUCAGAGAAUUUCAAAGCUGCCCCUGAUCCUGUUCUAGAACGGCUCCGCCCAAACACGCCCCUUUCAUCCAGCUACGCCCCUCUCAAUCUCUCCACCCCUCUCUCUGACCGGCCUACCAAAACUUUGAUUUUAGAACUGCAAGCUCCCUCGUUCGAGACACGCAGCAGUUGUGACUCAAGAAGUGGGCGUCUUGAAGAUUUCCUGGAAAGCACUACUGGCAAACCGUUGCUGGGAGUGGAGCCAGGAGGACCUACAACGCUAAUUGUCGACCUUCACAACCAAAUGCUCAGUACUCCAAGUAUCCUAGACCUUCCACGGUCCCCAAUGGAUACAUGUGAUAUGAGUUUUUCUUGUAACUCGCCAUCAGAUUUGGUUGGCUCAACCCCUGCCAAUAUGGAUUGGAUGGACAGUACUGGACAGUAUGGAAUGGGCGGGGCUGGAGGGGAGGGUCCAGAGAUGGUAUAUAUGAACGCACAAGUCUCCUCUAGCUUAUUUUCCGCAGACUUUCUCGACACUUCUGAUCUGCACUGGUCCAAUUUAUAGCCCAGUGGGACUUACGAUUUAUCCAAAGCUCAUGAUUAACUUUCUUCACAACAGGUUUUAUAUUAGUUUUCAACAGUUACUUUUUCACUUAUUCAACAACUACAGAUUCUUAUAACCAGGGUUGGGGAGUAACAGGAUACAUGUAAUGGGAUUACAUAUUUAACAUACAAAAUAUAAGUAACUGUGUUCCACUACAGUUAUCAUUUAAAUAAUUGGUAAUUCAAAUACAGUUACAUUCAUAAGGUAUUUUGAUUACUGAAGAGAUUACUUUGCAUUUUAUUGUAUUUGUUUCAUUUAAUAUUUAGUCUUUUCAGAUGGAAAACAUUUAUACAUAUAAAUGAUGCGUUACAAAGUGCAUUUGAACAGCGGUGAAACACUUUCUUAUGAUGACGAGCAGACAGAGACGUAAGUUUGGAGCAGAAGAAAUAGAAAUGUAUCUUGUGUAAAUUGUUAGCUUUAUGCUAACGUUACCAGGUACGAUCAUAUUUUUUUAUCAAGAAAAUUCACGUUGGAUCAUAAUUUCUUCUUUUUUUUUCUAGAAAGUCCUUUGAUAUGAGUGCAAAAAUCUUAUUCUUGAUAAACAUUUUUGUAUUUUUUUCGAGUAAAAAUAUAAACAAAAUCCUUAAAACAAGAUCAAUUUGAUUGAUCUUGUUUUAGAAACAACACUGCAUAAGAUAUUUAGGUUUUUCCGAGAAUGUAUUUUUAACAUGUGUAUUUUGUCUGACUGCACUGGGAGAGUUUUUAUAGUCAAAACAAGUGAAAAAAUCCACCAGUGCUGAAGAAGUAAUCCAAAAUAUUUAGAAUAUGUUACUGACCUUGAGUAAUCUAACGAAAUACAUUACAAAUUACAUUUUACAGCAUGUAAUCUGUAAUCUGUAGUGGAAUACUUUUCAAAAGUAACCCUCCCAACCCUGCUUAUAAUGGUUUAGCCAACUUUGAUUACUCUGUUACACUUUAACCAAUACGCACACCCACCCAUGAUAGUCACACUUGGCGUUCCCUCACAAAAAUUGAGAGUUCAUGGCAAAUUUGUCGCAAACUUCCCACAAAUUCGCCACUGAUCAUUUUCACCAGCAAAUGAGCUUUGAAGUUUUUCUGGCAAAUUAUCCAUUGUUGCCAAAUGUUUGCUGCAGGUUCACCACUACCGGUGAAGAGCUGCAAACUUCGGGCAAAUGUCUUUGGCAAAUCACAAGCUCAUUUGAAUCUGAAAAUAAUGAGUGGCAAGUUUGCGGCUAGUUUGCCAGAACUCUAGAUUUAUUGUAAGGGUCAUCAUGAGGUCUAUUCAAAGUAUUGUUUUUAAAAUGUCAUCUGUUGUACAUUAGAAUGAAAUUUAGCAGAUGUUUUCACAACGUUUACAAUUUAUAAUGCAAGUGAACUACUCUUUCUAAGAGUCUUAGCUGCUGUUUGUACACAUCUGAUGCUUAAAAAGAGCGUAAUGCUGUAGUGAUGAUGCGCUAUUCACAUUUGUCUCGGCGACAAACGUGUGCUUACUGAGACAUUCAGACAAGAAAUAUACAUGUUUUUUGCCUCAAUAUUGGCAAAUUCACAUACAGUAUGAUUUUUUUAAGCAACUUAUUUUAACAAUUUAUAAAUCCAACAGGAACAGAUAACGAACUGCUUUUUGAGCUUGCUUCACCAAAUAUAACUGGCCAAUUUUUGCAUAUUGGUUAUCAAAUAUGCAUCUGAAUAUUACUAUUUCUAGUAUUUUGAUAUUUCAUUCUGCAAAAAAAUAGCACAUGCCAGGAAAUGUCUUUUUAAAAUCUAAAUAUAUCAACAGCUGUUAGCCAUUAAAUAAGCUGUUAAAAAAUCUGUUGAGGUGCCAGAAAAAUGUGCUAUUUCAUGAGUUACGUAGAUCGCAGAAAACUGUUAGCGAUUGCGGCUUAAGUUAUAGUACAAAAAUUAUGUUACUUUAGAAAAAAAAUGACAUUUUGAAUUUUUGCAUUUUUUUUCCUAGCAUGUUAGCAUUUGCUAGCCUUGCUACUUAAUGAGAAAAGGUUAUCGCAAUCAGAAACUUGAGCGUACAACAAAGUUAAGUCUUCUGUUACUUAUUUUUCUAGCUAGUUUUAUGUUACAACAUACUUUAUAUGCCUACCCUUUAAAACAAAUCUAGAGUUCUGACAAACUUGCCGCAAAUUUCCCACUCAUUAUUUUCACAUGCAGUUGAGCUUGCGAUUCGCCGCAUAUGUUAGUGGUAGUGGUGAACCCGUUUGCGUUUGGCGACAAUGAAGACUUUGUGGCGAAUUUGCAGCAAGUUUGUAAAACCUCUCGAUUUUUGUUAAAGAAAUCAUAUGACAAAUGUGAGUUUUGCCAUCUUAAAAAAAGGUAUUUCUGCUUUGUUUUUUUUGCAGACAAAAUAACUCCAUAUAUCUUGCCCAAAACUUGGAUGGUGUAUAAGACACAUUGAGUGCGAGAAACUUACUUUAUUACAUUGCAUUUUAAUUUUGUGUUUACAUGUUUGUUUGUUAUCUAAAAUUAAGAUGCUUGUGCCUUUCAAACAUUUUGCAUUAAUCUUGAAAUGGGAAAUGUAAAAAUAUGUUUUACUGUAAAUAUGCUGAAUUGUAUAUAAGUUUAACUGUUAUGCCCAUCGCAGUACACAGUGUACUGUAUGUACUGCACUGUAUUUUAUCAAUCCUCUGUUGGCAGAGUUUUGAUAAUAGGAUUAUGAGCCAAUGAGAUUAUGAAUGUUUCUAAAAAUUAUUAAGAAUGUGUAGAUUUUAGUGUACAGAAGAUUCUAUACAGAUAUAGCCAAAGUGAGGCAUAAUCACAUCUAAUCAAUAAGCAAGAUUUAAUUUACAAGCACCCUCAAACACACUCGUGUAUAUUUUUUUAUGUUACUCUGUAAGCGCUUUAUGCAUUGCAUGUAUAUUUAAUUUUCGUGGUGUGUGUGUUAUUGCAUAUUGCAUAUCAGCUCAGGAACCUACGAAUUGUACAGUGUGUGUGUGAGAAAGAGAGAGAGAGAGAGAGAGUGUGAUGUCAUUUGGGGAACAGCAUUACUGUCUUCAGUAUUCACUCUCUCCAUCUGUCUGAAUUUGCACUAACAGGGUUUUGGCUGUGGUCGAGCCCAAAUAAAAUUUCAUAUCCAGUCCACUGUUCCCUGCUAUAUGCUGGACAUUGAAACUCCA